UUGAUAACGGAGAAAUCACUGCAUCCUCCUCCACGAGAGCAGACCCAGACGAAUGUAGUUUUACAGCUGGGGAAAUUGUUAUUCAGAACGAAGCUUUUAUUCCAAAGACAUCUUUCGUGUUCGUGUUUCUGUCUCUCUUAAUAACAAGGUUGGAAGAUAUCUAUGGAAAUCACAUUGAUUCAGAGUUUCAAAACUAAGUCAAGUGUAAUGGGUUUAUUGUAGGAGUAACUAUGGGAGUUUAUAUCCCGGAAUCUAAUACAAGCUCCAACUUCACUCCCGGCAGCGACUCCGCCACAGUCCACGAAGCUGGAGCGGCUCUCCCGGGCUAUACGAAGGUGAUCCUGGCCGUGCUUAUGAUAACUCUGGUAGUCGUGGUUGUGGCUGGUAACGCACUUGUUAUCCUGGCUUUCAUUGUUGACAAGAGCCUAAGAAAUCAAAGCAACUACUUCUUCCUCAACCUUGCUCUUUCAGAUUUUCUUGUUGGUGCCUUCUGCAUCCCUGUAUACAUCCCCUACAUCCUGACAGGCCGCUGGGUGCUGGGCAGAACUCUCUGUAAACUGUGGCUCCUCAUGGACUACCUGCUGUGUACUGCCUCUGUCUUCAACAUCGUCCUCAUCAGCUACGACCGAUUCCUCUCCGUCACCAGAGCAGUGAAAUACAGAGCCCAGCGGAGCAUGACCCACCAUGCUGUGGUAAAGAUAGUGACUGUGUGGGUGUUAGCCUUCCUUCUCUAUGGCCCUGCUAUCAUCUUCUGGGAGCUGGUCGUGGGAAAAAGCAUCGUCCUUGCCGAUGAGUGUUUCGCUGAGUUCUACUGCACCUGGUACUUCCUACUCAGUGCGUCUACGAUUGAGUUCUUCACCCCGUUUAUCUCUGUGGCCUUCUUCAACCUGAGCAUCUACCUGAACAUCCAGCGGAGGAACAAGAGCAGGGCUAUCCGUAAGGAGGACACCAAGGCACGCAGCGACAGGGGCAGUCUCAGGGACGGGGGUGCUGCCUUGACUGUGUUUUUGACUUGCAAGGCAUCAUCGAGCAAGCCAGCUGCUGUUUCAGCGGUGAUAGAGAAGGACGAGGAGCUGUCGCCGUCCUCCAAUGGGGAGCCUUGUAGCGGACACACCUUCAUGCAGAGCAAGAAGGGCCUCACUUGCAGGAUCACUUCCAGGCCCCUUCAAUCCCCCAACGGGCCCCCCAGCAGGAGCUCACAGGGCUCCCGCCUCUCCCGCGACAAGAGGAUUGCCAAGUCGCUGGCCAUUAUAGUGUGCAUAUUUGGGAUCUGCUGGGCACCAUACACCCUAUUGAUGAUAAUCCGGGCAGCCUGUAGUGGGCGAUGUGUGGAGCACUACUGGUACGAGAUUACUUUUUGGCUCUUGUGGCUGAACUCUGGUAUUAACCCUUUCCUGUACCCUCUCUGCCACAGCAGCUUCCGAAGGGCUUUUGCUAAGAUAUUGUGCCCCAACCGGCAGUCUGUCCAACCUCACAUUGAGACCCAGUCUUUCUAGUAAGACAUUGCACGGCUGGAUGAGAGUCAUACUGGAGUGAGAAGACUACUGCAAAUGGAUGUGGAUUGUCAAACAAAAGUUCAGCCAUGAAUAGGACUAAGAAACCCUUUUUUAGUUGCUCACUAUAAAAGGGUAUAAAACAUUAUGAAAAAAGUGAUUACUGAUAACCCUAUGUUUUGUUUGAGAUACAUAAAAUCCUUCUUUCCUACUUUUUCCACUUCACGUCAGGCUUCUUUUCAUUGAAAUGUUUCAAGUUCUUAGUGAGAAAAGCCUUCUUCCGCUAGAAUGAAAGAUAUGCAUCUUCUAGUGAUCUAUUGAGAGGACAAGCACCUGUCAGUCACUAAGUGAGUGAAGACAGGGAAACUGCUGGUUUGUCAGUCUGCUGUCUAUCCCACCUCUCAAUACCUGUGUUCAUUUUGUGUGCUGUGGUUAUCACAGAGGAGGGAGAGCAUGAUGUGUGCUGUGGUUAUCACGGAGGAGGGAGAGCAUGAUGUGUGCUGUGGUUAUCACGGAGGAGGGAGAGCAUGAUGUGUGCUGUGGUUAUCACGGAGGAGGGAGAGCAUGAUGUGUGCUGUGGUUAUCACGGAGGAGGGAGAGCAUGAUGUGUGCUGUGGUUAUCACGGAGGAGAGAGAGCAUGAUGCGUGCUGUGGUUAUCACGGAGGAGGGAGAGCAUGAUGUGUGCUGUGGUUAUCACGGAGGAGGGAGAGCAUGAUGUGUGCUGUGGUUAUCACGGAGGAGGGAGAGCAUGAUGUGUGCUGUGGUUAUCACGGAGGAGGGAGAGCAUGAUGCUUCUUUAUCUGCUGUGAGCGAAUUUACACGUCCCAUGUCAUUUAAGUGGUAAUGAUGAGUUUAAAUCCACUUAAUCAUAGUUUUGUGUGUAUUUAUUUUCUUUUGCGUGUUUCAACUUUCAUAUAUCCAGACAUGGAGUCAGGGCGCAUAGGCUAUUUACUGUGCUUUGAUUGACGACUGAACAACAAGUGUUGACUAGUUUAUAAAGCUGUCGAACUGACUGAAUAAAGUCAAUCUCCAAUAUCCCUUCGCUAUUCAUAAAUCAUAAAACAUAGUUAUAAGUCCAUUGUAUCGCACCAUGACAAAUAAAACAAAGAUCUUGUUUGUAUUUUUGGAAGGUGGCCCAUGUAUUCCUCCUUCACACAGGUGGUGACCCGUGUGACCUAAAUAAUUAUUGUCCUAUUUAUAAACUUUCUUGCCUAGCUAAAAUAUUAGAAUCCUUGAUGAAUUCUCAACUAAGAUCUUUCUUAUCUUUGAAAUGUAUUCUAAAUCAGUUGGGUUUUAGACCAGGUCAUAGCACAAUCUCUACUACAUACCUAGUUCUAGUUAUAAAUGAUGUGGUUAACUGCAUGGAUAAAAGGCAACAUUGUGCUGCCCUCUUCAUUGACCUGCCAAAGGCUUUUCAUACUGUUGAUCACUCACUGCUAAUUCGGGGCUUUCCUCAAUUGGCCAAGACCGGGCUGCAUGUAACUGGUUAAAAAAUUACUUGACAGAUAGAACUCAAUGUGUAUUUACUGAUGGUGUUAAAUCAGGUUUCCUGGAAAUAACGAAAGGUGUCCCGCAGGGGUCGAUUCUGGGUCCUGUACAUUUUACUGUUUACAUUAACAAUAUCUACUUGUCUGUAAAAAAUGCAGAUGAUACUGUUGGGUAUGCUAUUGCCACCACGUUUGAGCAGGCUCUAUCUGAACUACAGUCUGCAUUCAUUGUAUUACAGAAAAACUUUAUUGACCUGAAAUGAGUAUUGAAUGCAGGUAAAACUAAGUAUGUGUUGUUCUCUAGAGAGCAUAAAAAUAACUCUGAUGAUUUAAGCAUAUGUACUUUGGAUAGUGUCCAUAUUGGUUGUGUCCCUGCUUACAAAUAUCUGGGCAUUUGGAUAGAUGAAAAGCUGUCUUUUAAAAAGCAUAUUGAUGAGAAACUGAGAAUAAAAAUUGGCUUCUUCUAUAGAAAUAGAUCCUGCCUCUCACUCAACAGUAGAGAGCAGAUUAUGCAGUCGACGUUCCUAUCGGUCCUACUGUAGACCAUGGCGACAUCAUCUAUAUGAACACAUCUGCCACUUCCUUAAAGCCGUUAGAGGCAGUUUAUCGUGCACUUCGCUGUAUUACCGGUGACAAUUUUAGUACUCAUCACUGUAUUCGCUACCAGAAAGCUGGUUGGCCGUCUUUGAUGUCACGUAGGUUGAUACAUUGCUAUCUUUUCAUUUCUAAAGUACUUUUACAAAAAGUCCCACUGUACCUAACAUCUUUACUAAACUUUAGACAUACAAGUUACCACACCUGGUCUCAGGGAUGGUUAACUCUGGAAAUUCCUUAGGUCUCUACUGAGUUAGACAAAUCAGCUUUUAGUUUUCUUGCACCUUAUUUGUGUAACAAUCUUCAAAAUGUUCUUACAUUUGAUGUUUUUGGUGCCUCUAAGGCAAAUCAGAAAGCUGAUUGAGGACCUUAUUGUUGAUGAAUGUGUUGUUUUGUUAUGACCGUGUUUUUCUUUCUGCUUACAUUUUGUAUUUAUAUUGACGUGUGUAUUUUCUGUCAUUUCUGUAAUUCAGGCUAGUCUGUAAAAGAGACCAUGGUCUCAAUAUGACUCCCUGAUAAAGGUUAAAUAUAAAAUAAAUACAUGUGUAGGAUUCGAAGCCCAUGUCCAAGACUUGCCAGUGCCUGGUGAAGUGACUUGUCAGUGUAACCUAGUGUUAUUAAAGAUGUUGAUAUAGGCCGACUGAUUUGUUAAUUAAAGUGCCGAAAAUGGAGUAGUAAACUGAUGUUUUCUGUGUAGCAAAGCCCAUGUUUAACACCUGCUUCAUUCUUCAACCAUACCUGUACUCAUUGUCGCCUGUCUUUGUAUAAAAUUGGGGCUGCACAAUCUGAUGGGGGUCUGAGGGUCCUCCCCCUGAAAAUGUUUUGCAAUUUUAAAACCAUUUCCCUCCAAUUCUAUAUUGUUUCUCAACAGGGAAUCAAUGUUUUCUUGAUAGAACACAAACAUUUUCUUCGAUUUUUGCCACAAUAAACUAAAGAAAG